AUGGACAACCCAACUCUCUACAAAAGUUUCAUUGGAGCACUUCAGUAUCUGACCCUCACACGGCCAGAUAUCUCCUUUGCUGUCAAUAAGCUCUCUCAGUAUCUCAAGAGCCCCACCCAUGAACACUGGCUUGCUUGCAAAAGGCUCCUUCGAUAUCUGGUAGGCACCAUAAAUUAUGGCCUUCACUUCAGACCAGCUGCCACUCUUCAACUCACUGCCUACACAGACGCUGACUGGGCGAGUUCCAUAGAAGAUCGACGCUCAACUUCUGGUUAUUGUGUCUACCUUGGUGGAAAUCUCAUCAUGUGGAGCUCUCGAAAACAAAUAGUGGUGGCACGCUCAAGUACAGAAUCAGAGUAUCGUGCUAUUGCUCUUGCCACCACCGAGCUUGUGUGGAUUCAGUCACUGUUUAGUGAACUCAAUAUUCAACUUCACUCCUGUCCCAUACUCUGGUGUGACAACUUAAGAGCCACAUCUCUUGCCUCCAAUCGUGUCUUUCACCAAAGAACCAAGCACAUAGAAGUGGACCUUCACUUUGUUAGGGACAAAGUCCUUGAUCACACACUCGAUAUUCGACAUCUUUCAGUUGAUCACCAAACAGCAUAUAUAUUGACUAAACCACUUCCACAAGUUCAGUUUGCCAAGUUUAGAGACAAGUUAACUCUCAAAGAGCCGAGUGUAACUUGA